AUGGCCUCUCCCGAAGUCGCCGUCCAACAGGACGUUUUCGACUCCACUGACCCUCAUCUCACGGACCCUGCUCUUCUUAAAGACCAUUCAGAGUUCAAGUCCUACAAAACAAGCCGCUAUGAAUAUUCUGGCAUUCGAGUUUUCUACCGACAACAUGCCAAGGCUGAUCAACUGCCCAAAGACCCUGCUCCAUUGCCGUUAUUGGUGUUUCUACAUGGAUUGGGAGGUUCUGUUGCUCAAUUUCACCCUUUGCUAAGUAGUCUUGUCGAUGAGGCCCCUUGUAUGGCGAUCGACUACCCUGGUUGUGGACGCUCCGACUUCUCGGUCACCAGUUGGGACGCUUACAAGACAGACGCCCUGGUAGAACUCCUGGAGGCCAUAAUUGAAGAUUACCGAGACAAGGAUGCAGGCCAACGUGUGGUUCUGAUCGGUCAUAGCAUGGGAACAGCUCUCGCUGCCAGGUUGGCCAACACAAAGCUUGCUCAUACAACAAGUCUAGCAGAGUAUGUGGUAGGAUUGGUGGCCAUCUGCCCUGUGUCGAACCCUCCCGAUGAGUCGAAAACAAGAUUGUACAGGAGAGCAAUGUGGAUUCCAGGUUGGCUUUUUAACUUGUGGCGAACCUGGGAUAGCUGGGAUGGCGCUGAAAGCCCCAGUGUCAAGCGUUUUGUUGGCGAAGGUGCCGAUGAAGCUACUCGAAAACUACAGUAUCGGUUCAAUAAGCAGAGCCGUACACCAGUUUGGAGGCGCAUGGCUAAUGGUGCUCUGCCUGUCUAUAAUAAUGGGAAGGCUGUAGGUGGUAUCCCGACGCUGGAAACGUGGGCAGGACUGGAUAUUCCCGUCUACCUCAUUGCUGGCGAGAAGGACAGUGUCACACCACCAAAGGAAGCCGAUAAGAUUGUCAAGGCACUUGACCCUGAGAAGACCCUUUCAGAAUCACAUGCUGGGGAAGAGACGCACGAGCCUAUUGUUGAUGCUGCCGCUCCCGUCAACACCUCGACACGACCACAGGAUCAUAUACCUCAAGCUAUUGUCGACCUUCGUGAUGAACACUUUGUCAAGGUCAAGAAUCCAGUGGAUGAGAGUUCGGGGGAAGAUAGUACCAACGAUCCCUCUACUCCUAACGAGACCGUGGCGGAAUUGCCCGCGCAGCCAAACCACCCAAAGAAGGUCGUCAAAUCCGUCGUGAUGCCCGCGCCCGCAACACAUGCUGUUCUAUAUACACCUUGCUCGGUUCGCGCUGUUGCCGGACUGAUAUCGGAAUUUCUUGCCGAGCACGUUACCGGUAGGCUGUCCCUUGCCUGGCAGUUGCAAUACCUUUCCCGUGAGGGGAAAUGGGACGUCAAGAAUCUCAACAAGUGGAAGUCAGUGAACCCUGUGUCUGAGCCGAUCGGACUCUAUGGAAAACCUGUUUUCCGUGCCCUCAAGACACUCCGCGAAGCAGAUGAUGUCCACUGCCCCCCAAAGUUUGUUGCAAGGUGGGGUUCCAUUGUGAAAGAUGUCAUUGACAUCUCGAAAGACCAGCCUGUCUACGACCCCCGAGGCCUCGAUCGUGCUGGGAUUCACUAUCACAAGUUCCCGACAGUUUCAAAGAUCCCACCACAGCCGCAUGAGGUUGAGAAAUUCAUCAAGUUAGUUGAUGAGCUCCGCAAGAAGCAGACUGAGCGUGCCGUCACUGAGAAGUGGGCUGACCCCGAUCAAUGUGUCAUCGGAGUUCACUGCCAUUAUGGCUUCAACCGCACGGGAUACUUUAUUGUAUGCUAUCUCGUUGAGCGUUGUGGUUUUGAUGUGAAGGAAGCCAUCGACACAUUUGCCCAGGCAAGGCCGAAUGGGAUCCGACACUCUCACUUUCUGGACCGGCUGUAUGUGCGGUAUAAUGUGGAUUCUGUUCCUGCAAGUCAGACAUGA